UUUGGCGCAUGGACAGGUGGAAAUAUUACUCAAAUAGUACCAACUGCAGAUGGUCGCCGUUUAGCUGUUCUUUACACAGGCAACCUCAUCAGAGUUUACGACCGAAACUGCUGGAGAGAAGAGCGCUGGGGUGCUUUAGCGGGACGUGCUGUUAGUGCUGUUUGGUCGCCAAGUGGAGAUUUCCUUCUUUUCGUUACCGAAGAUAGCGGUCAACUCUAUGCUUUGAAUUUCGUUGCAAAAAAGGCAAUAAACGACGAUGGGAUACCAGAGACACGCUGGAUCGGUGAUUCUCAUGCGGCACCUGUGUUCGAUUUAUCGCCUGUCGAAUUUGAUCCUACCGAACUUGAAAUUCAAGGUGCUGUUGAAAGAGAGAUUGUCACCAUUGGCGGGCGAGUUCAAUGCUUGACUUUGAGUCCCGAUGGCCAACGGUUAGCCGUCAGUUUCGCAGAGAAUACUACUGUCAUUGCAUUGUUUAUUGUUGACUGGUCUCCAACUGUUCGAUUAACCCCAUGUGGUUUUGUGGAAGCUCCUUUAUAUGGUAAUGCUGCGAUCACUACUUUUCUGCCCAAGUUUGAUGGCGGCUCACUGCUUACUAUCGUUUGGUCGGGUGGUACUAUACAGUAUCUUCCGAUGUUGUAUGGCCACAACUCAUCAUCGCAUUUCAAUUCUCGAACGAUAUUAGAAGAAAUUAGCGGAAGAACUAGCGCAGCUAAUCGAAUACCAAGUGACUCUCUUCGAUCCUCUGAGUUACCUAGUGGAAUUAUGGAUAAAACCGAAAAUGACGAAAUUGUGUUGUUUACGGAGAAAAUUCUAUCAGAAAGGCAGGUAGAGGCUAGCUAG